AUGGUUCGGAAUCGUCGCCGACGUCAAUCGGAUUGUGCUGAACACGAGAAAAGCAUUCAGAAACAGCUUUGUCAACGAUCCUACGGGUUGCCGUAUGUGAACGAGAGCGGACGGACCGGCUGGCCGCUUCCACAGCGAAUCGCGUUCGGUCAUUGUCAAAGGCUGGAACGGGAAGGUUUUCGAUUCUUCGACCCGGCCUCUCCUGGAUCGCCGUACUGGGGUGCAAGGACUACUCACGCCUAUAAUCUAUGGGAUGCAACUGAGAAGGUACUCAAGGAAGAAUUUCAAAGAAGAGGCAGAACUCUGAAGAUCAGAGAAGGAGCGGCGCCGUAUUACGGUCCCAAGAUAAACCUUAUGCUUCGAGAUCCCAACGGACUUUAUCAUAUCUACGGGUCCAUCCAACUAGACGUCGAAAUGCCAGAAGGAUUUGAUCUAGGAUAUAUUGGCGACGACCGGAAACGACAUCGACCGGUGCUGAUCCAUCGUGCAAUUGUACCUCCGGCUGAGACAAUCCUGGCUAUUAUUUCCACGCAGUGUGGUGAAUGUGCUUCCAGUAUGUACUGUAUCAAUCCCAUAUGCCCGAAGGAUAGCAAAGGAGUGGAGGCAAACUUCGAAUGCGCAGGGACACUGAAUCGUAGAAUCAAAAAUUCCAUCGGAUCCAAACCCAACUUCACACUUGUGGUCGGUCGAACUGAAAUAGCGAAUGGUACCGUUAAUGUGCGCACGAGAAACGACCUCGUCUUAGGUGAAUUUACCAUCAAGGAAGUACUUCGUCAAUUCCGCUGCUUCGAAGAGGAGUACAGUACCGAUCGGCAGUGCAUCGAGGCAUUCAUGCGAUGUCGUGGUCCAGAACGAUCAUGGUUCCCGUGA